AUGGCUUACGUGUUGACGGAAACCGCUGCCGGUUACGCCUUGCUUAAGGCUGCCGACAAGAAGAUCCACAAGUCCACCUCUUUGUUCGAGGACUUGAACUCGGCUGAGAAGGUUGCCGAGCAGUUUAAGAUCCAUCGUUUCGAGAAGUUCCAGUCUGCCGCCAAUGCCUUGGAAGAGGCCAACGCCGUUGUCGAAGGUAAGGUUUCUGACUCUUUGAAGAAGAUGUUGGAGGACGUUAAGUUGGAGAAGAAGGUCACUUUGAUUGUCAGUGAGGCCAAAUUGGGUAAUGCCAUCAACAAAUUGGGUUUGAACUACUCCGUUGUCUCUGACGCUGCCUCCUUGGACUUGCACAGAUCUAUCAGAGAGUUCUUGCCAGAGCUCUUACCCGGUUUGGACGACUCUGUCUUGAAGCAGAUGUCCCUUGGUUUGGCUCACUCUAUUGGUAGACACAAGUUGAAGUUCUCCGCUGACAAGGUCGACACCAUGAUUGUCCAGGCUAUCGCUCUUUUAGACGACUUGGACAAGGAAUUAAACACAUACGCCAUGAGAUGUAAGGAGUGGUACGGUUGGCACUUCCCUGAGUUGGCCAAGCUCAUAACAGACUCUGUUGCUUAUGCCAGAAUCAUCUUGACAAUGGGUGUUAGAUCCAACGCUGCCGAGACCGACUUGUCUGAGAUCUUGCCCGAAGAGGCCGAGGAGCAGGUCAAGAGUGCUGCUGAGGUUUCUAUGGGUACUGAGAUCACUGAGGUUGACUUGGACAACAUCAAGUCUCUUGCUGAGCAGAUUGUCGAGUUCGCCGCCUACAGAGAGCAGUUGUCCAACUACUUGUCUUCGCGUAUGAAGGCCAUUGCUCCCAACUUGACCUCUCUUGUUGGUGAGUUGGUUGGUGCUAGAUUGAUUGCCCACGCCGGUUCGCUUACUUCUUUGGCCAAGGCCCCUGCCUCCACCAUCCAGAUUUUGGGUGCCGAGAAGGCCCUUUUCAGAGCCCUCAAGACCAAGCAUGACACACCUAAAUACGGUUUGUUGUACCACGCAUCUUUGGUUGGUCAGGCUACCGGUAAGAACAAGGGUAAGAUCGCCAGAGUUUUGGCCGCCAAGGCCGCUGUGGCUUUGAGAUAUGACUCGCUUUCCGAAGACAGAGACGACUCUGGUGACUUUGGUUUGGAGGUCAGAUCCAAGGUUGAGUCCAGAUUGAGUGCCUUGGAGGGCAGAGACUUGAGAACCACCUCGAAGGUUGUCAGAGACGCCAAGAAGGUGGAUAUCACCGAGGCCCAGUCCUACAACGCCGACGCCGAUACCCUUGCACCUGCUGAUUCUGACGAUGAGUCCGAUGAUGAAGAGCCUAAGAAGAGAAAGAGAGACGACGACGAGGAUGAGAAGGUCAGCAAAAAGCUGAAGAAGGAGAAGAAGGACAAGAAAGAGAAGAAGGACAAGAAGGACAAGAAGGACAAGAAAGAGAAGAAGGAGAAGAAAGAGAAGAAAGAGAAAAAGGAGAAGAAAGACAAGAAGGAGAAGAAGGAGAAGAAGUAA